AUGACUGCUAAGCAAACACCAACUAAGAACGCUAGAAAGGCCACUACAGACACACUAAAGAAGCGCGCUGUGCCUGUACGCCCAACACGAGCAACAGCAAAACGUCAGAAGACCGAACCAAACAGCAAGCAGAAGCUUGUUUAUGAGGGGAACAUGGGCAACGGCAUAACAACUGCAUCAAUAACGAAGCCCAACAAAGACACAGAGAUUAUAACAAUAUCCGAUAGCGAAGAUGACAAGCUCCUUCCUGUGCGAAAGGGCAGGUUUAGUGCGCCGAAGAUAAACAUCCAUGAAGAUGAGGAUGAUGUUAAGCCUAGUAUUGCCUCUUUCACACCGAACCCGGAAUCCAACGAUAAGCAAGAAAACGAGCAGCUGCGCAAAGAGCUCGAUGCUGCUAGAUUGGAGCUCGAUAAGACAAAGAAACUUCACGAAAAAGACAAAGACGACAGUGAGUUAAUACGGGUUCAAUCUAGCAACGCUACAAAACAGGCCACAGAGAGACUACAAGAAGAACUCGAAACUGAAAGAAGUAAUUCGAGGGCUGUUACAAGGGAUAGGGAUCAGCAGCGCAUCGAAAUCGACAACAUUAGGGCAAGGAACGAUCAGCUAGCAACAGAGUUGCAAGAAGAGAGACGUUUGAGAGAGGCAGAGAGACGGGAGCACGAAAAUAUAAUGGAAGAUGUCAUGAAGGCUAAGGAAUCAACCUCGGAUGCGGCAAAAGACCUCCUCAUCACUGAAAACGGACGACUUAGAACGGAAAACGAGACCCUUCGAGCCGCCGCCACUGGACCACCGCCUAUGCUACAACCCGCGUUCCCAUCUGCUCCGCCCUCCAUAUUUACACCCCCAUCAUCCCAACUAUCACAAUCAUCGUCAUACCCCUCCAUCUUCACCUCACAAGCAGUGUCUCCUGCCCCUUCAUCCCCAACCCCGUUCGCGCCAGCCGUUCCUACCCAGGAACGCAAAGAAGAGAAUGUCCGAAAAGUCUACCUUAGGGUCAAGAACCAGUUCGAUAAUCUUCAAUUGGCAGCUAGCAAUCUGAUAAAAUGCACCCGAGGGAUGGAGUUGAGCAAUUUCGGGCAAUUUGGAAAGUAUCUGCGGCAGUUGAAAACGGUCCUGGAGGAGGAUGCGAAGUGA